UUCUCACCGUUGAAGCUUGGACAACUGACUUAAAGCUUUAUAUUUUACUUAUUUAACAAAGAAGAACAUAAGAGUGGGCAGUUAAAUACCCUUACCUAUUUUGAUGUGUAUGCCCAUCCUGGGGAACAUUUGACGUAAUUUGUCUCAAUAUUUGCACUCGUUGUUCUCUCGGUCUGGGCCUUCUCAGAUGAAGGAGGUUCUGCUCUUCCCAGCGAGUUUCUGGGACCUUUCCCAGAACUUUCAGCCAAGUCACACUAUUCAGGUCCUAACUGAUGCCAGAGUCAGCGCCCCUUGGGUCAAUUUUUCUGAAGGAACUACAUUGUCCAGAAUCCAGCGCGCCCGUUGGGAGCAUUUCCAUUUAGGCGGGACUUCCGGAAUUUUUCCCAGGUCGAGUGUCUUGACAACAUAAUGGCCAAAACUUUGGAGCUCAUUCCGAUUUGACGGGCGCCAGAAUUCACAAAAGGAGACUUACUUGCCCCUGAGGGAAUAUUGAGCGGUGACAAAGCCAAGAGAUCUCGUCUCCAGGGUCAAGUGACAGCGGUCCCUGCUCGCCCUACUUUGGCGCUGCUUAGGCAGGUGAGGGCGGUGGCCAUGAACCCUGCGCAGAUCCUUUAUGAUUCCUGAAUGAUGGCAAGCAGAGAGUCCUGGGCACCUGACUGAAAGGGGAUGACUCUAAGCGCAGCACAAGAAGCUUGGACCAACUCAAGUUGUUGGUGUGCAGCGAAGGAUGAAGCAGAGCCUUCUGAACCAAGCAUUUCUGUUGGAGUACCGCAUGUUAACAUUCCCAAGGCAGGUUCCUUCUUCACUCAGACAACUUAUCCUUGUGGCAUAUGUGGCCCCAUUUUGAAUGGUCUUUUGCAUGUGGAGGAACACCAAGGAACAUACCCUGCACUUGUAACUUACUCAUGCAGGGCAUGUGAGAGACAGUUUUGGUUAAGUGAAAACUUUUGCCAGAACCUAAAGCAUAAUAAUGUCGAGAAUUCUUUACAAAAGAAUGACAGUAGAGCCUCAUUAUUUAAGAAUUUCAAAGUUCAUGUAGAGCCCUACUCUUCAGAGAAGCCCUCUAUAUGCGAGGUGGAACAGAGGAACCUUCAGGACAGUUUGAUUGGUUACCAACAAAAGGUCACCCAUAGCAAGAAGAGAGCAGGGAGCACUGAGAAUGGAGAGGACUUCCAUGUUGGACAAAUGCAUUAUACAUGUGGUGAGUGUGGGAAAGGUUUCAACCGCAAAGAUACCCUUGUGCAGCACCAGAGGAUCCAUAGUGGAGAGAAGCCUUAUGAGUGCAGUGAAUGUGGGAAAGCCUUCAGCCGCAAAGCCACACUCAUCCAGCACCAGAGGAUCCAUACUGGAGAAAGGCCUCAUGAGUGUAGUGAAUGCGGAAAAGCCUUCAGUCGAAAAGACAACCUCACUCAACAUAAGAGAAUCCACACUGGAGAAAUGCCUUACAAGUGCCCCGAAUGCGGGAAAUACUUUAGCCAUCACUCCAACCUAAUAGUACACCAGAGGGUACACAGUGGCUCGAGGCCUUAUAAGUGCAAUGAUUGUGGCAAAGUCUUCAGACACAAAUCGACACUUGUUCAGCAUGAAAGUAUCCACACUGGAGAAAACCCUUAUGAUUGCAGUGAUUGUGGGAAAUCCUUCGGGCACAGAUACACCCACAUUAAACAUCAGAGAAUUCACACUGAGUCAAAGCCUUUUGAGUGCCCUGACUGCGGGAAAUUUUUCAGUAGAAGCUCUGAUUUUAUAGCACACCAAAGGGUUCAUACUGGGGAAAGGCCUUUUGUGUGCAGCAGGUGUGGGAAAGAUUUCAUCCGAACCUCCCACCUUGUUCGGCACCAGAAAGUUCACUCUGGAGAGAGGCCAUAUGAGUGCGGUGAGUGUGGGAAAGCCUACAGCUUAAGCUCCCACCUGAGUCGGCACCAAAAGAUUCAUGCAGCAAGAAGACUUUAGGGGUGCUUGUAGCACAAUAGUAUUUAGUCAGAUGUUGAAUCGCAUAGUGAGCGGUCAUGACAGGGAGAUGCAUUAGAAAUGGCAAGUAUGUAGUAAGCCUUCAAGAGCUAUGUUGUACAUUCUGACUAGCUCGAGAAACAUGUCACUGUCUCUUAGUACAUAUGACUGAAACGAUCUAAUCUCUUCCAUCUUAGUCUCUUCAACAACCUACUGUGGGAUGUUCUAUAUGCUAUAAAAAUGUGUUGCUAUGAUUGAUUAAUAAAAAAAUGCUGAUUGGCCAGU